AUGUGUCAGCCUUUCUCAUUAGGUAAUCAUGUUGGAUAUUUUGAUGCUGGAGUAACAUUAUUUUUGCCUUCUCUAGGCAAGCCCUUGGAACUCAAGCUGCUUGCAACUAGGUGCCCUGCUUCUGGCGCCCUGCUUCUCGCGCCCCUUCUAAUGCCCACUCUUGUAUCUACACCUACCCAUGUGCCCAAGCCAAGCACGGCCCAGUUGCCUACGACUAUGCUGUUACCUGAGCCCCUGCCUAUACGCUGUCACUACCUCGACACUCGCCCUAACCCUGACGCCUGCAACCUCAACCACGACACCAGCCGCUGCCGGGUGCAAGAACCAACUGCUGCCACAGCCUCGGUGCCCACAUUGCCCACGCCUGCAAUGCCUGUGCCUGCCUCACUUGUGGUGCCCAUGCCAGUGGCACCCACGCCCGCCUCACCCGUGCCACCCGCGCCCACUGCUUAA